UUGACACUUUUCAAUUCAGUAAUAAUGGCGCACUUGAGGAAGGUGGAUAUCUUUCUGUAAAAUUAGUUUAUUUGGUGAGGUGGAGUGAAAACAAGGUGAUUUUUGAUGCCGUACCGUAGGCGAUUCUCCGCGAAAAUGCCAGACUUCGACGACGAGGUUACGGUUGUCGAUGUGUACGACUUGGCGUCGGAUAUUGGAAAGGAAUGUGAAAUAAUCAUCGAGAAAUACGGCCCCGAGGCCGUAACAGCUCUGCUGCCGAAGGUGAUAAAUGCGCUUGAACUAUUAGAAAAUUUGGCUGUACGAAAUGAGAAAGAGAACCAGGCGUUGCACGAGUUAACGGCGAAAAUAUCACAAUUAGAAAAUGAUAAGAUCGAAAAGGCUGAGUACAGACAACGAUUCGAGAAGGAAAUCGAAGCAAUAGAAGAACAAUGGCGUACAGAGUCAGCCGAGCUGGUAACGGCUGUCGCACGCCUGCAAGAUGAAAACAAACGCCUGAGACGUACCAUAAACUCGCCAGCGGACGGCACGAGCGCUCCACCGUCACCGGCGAGGGAACACGACCAGGAAGUUCUCUCGCGUCUGAGCAGCACCGCCGAGAAACAGAGGGCUACUUUGCGUCACCAGGAAUUACAGUUGCAGGAGAAGCAACAACUCAUCGAUAGUUUGACGAGUCAAGUGGAGAAAUUAGCGCAGGUCAGCCGUGAUCUCCGACGAAAACAUAAGCAACUACAAAAUCAGAUGCGUUUAGUAUGCGAGGAACGCACCGAGCUGACCGCCAUUGUCCAAUCCCAGCAACGCGAUAUCGCCGUUCUUCAGCAAUCCGAUGCAAACAACAAGAAGUGCACGUCGUGUGGAGUGGCGAUAACGGACGGGGACGAUGAGGACCAGUCGUCGAAGCCUACGUUCAGCGUUCGAGAGCUCCGAGCUAUACUUCAUGAGAGGAACGAGCUCAAGUUGAAACUGAACCGCGCGGAGGAGCAAUUGCAGGCACUGCAGGCGGAGCCGCUACCGGACAGCAGCUCAGACACUUCGCCUUCGAUGUCGACCACGGCCGUUGAAGACGACGAAGCUCCCGUACAAGGCCCUCUGCCGGCGGAACCGGACGACGCUCCUUGGAAGAGAAAUAGUGGGAUCAGGAAGUUAUGGCUUACGUUGGUGUUGAAAUGUAGGCUUAUAAGAGUUUUGAGAAUGAGAAACAGCGAGUAACAAAUACAAUUAAAUAACGUUAAAAAAUUUCAAGGAACUUUGCAAUAAAUAAAAGCGUGCUUUUCAAAUAUUGUUAUUUAUAUUACGAACAACAUAUUUAUAAUGGUUUUUACUGUUUAGUUUCACUUCACUUCUAUUAUUUUCUUCAAAAUAAAGUUUUUUUUUUUACUUUUCAUUUCUUAUGAAAUAUUUCUAGUUUUGGUAAAAAUAAAGAGUACAUUAAAACUUUGUGGCGUUUUCUGACUCAUUUUGGCCUAAUAAAAUUUAAUUAUUAUUUAAAAAAAAAGUCGUAUUAUCUAAUUAAACGUUUUUUAUUCUAUGACAGAAAGAUAGCAUAUCUGUUUUUAUCUAAAAUACUAAUAAAUGGAAUGAUAUUAACAAGAAAUUCAAUAAUUUCAAAUUGACAAAAACAAAUUCCUAAAUUGACAGGAAGUAUUGAUUGAUUAGUAAUGUGUUAGUACGAGAAUAGUUUAAACGUAGAAAUGAUAAAAGUAUUUGAACUAUUGUGAUAAGUAAAAUCAUUAAUUGAAUCAGAAUAUAAAGGGCAAUACAAUAUAAUUUAUGAAAUUAUGGCAACGCCUUUGUACACAAGGCAAAUAUAGAAUAUAUACAUUUGAUACACAGACUUACAGAUAUUAAUGCGACCGUAAUUUCAUAGAGAAUUUGAUACUUUAGUCGUUACCCGUAAACGCGUAGGUGUGCUCAAUGUUUAAUCUUUUCAAAUAGAUUUGAUAUGUGUAUGAAUCGUUUCGUUUUGCUAUCGUAGCUCACAGCAGUUGCUAUCACAUUCAAUGUAUUACAAUUUCUAUUUUACAUUAUAUUCGGUUAUGUUAUUAUCAGAGCAUAUUUUGGGCUCGUUAGUGUAAGGCAAAUGUAAUCAUUCCUAGUAUUUUAUUAUUUAUUUAUAGUUUGUGUGAUUUGCAAGUUCGUGUGUUUCUUGCCCUCAGAUUAUUCAUAAAUUAAAUUCAACGACAUUCAAUAUAGUUGUUUCUUUUUUAGAACUUGUAAUAUUUUAACUGUGAGAUAGGCGUUGAAUUCAUAAUUAUAUAUCUUAUGUUAUUGGAGGAACAUUGGUGUCAUGCGUUAAUGAAUGCUAGUCAUAGUACUGCUGGGUACUAGAUGUAAGAUAUUCAAUACAUAGUGGAAUAUUAUUCAGAUCUUUUUUUUUAACGAAAUUUGCAAGAAAUUUUACUUUUAUCACAGAAUGUUCGAAGUACGAACUCCCUAUAAAAGAAUGGUUUGCAACUUUUGUGUUUCGUAAAUCGAAUAAUUUUCCACCAUUAGAUCGAAUAUAGUUAACUAAAUUUUGGUUUUGCGGAAUAAGACAUAAUUUGAAUUCUAAAAUAUCAUUACCCCUAUGGUGAUAAUAUGGAAGGUUUUAUGUUAAUCUUGUAGAAUGUUAAUAAUGUAAGACAGUUUAUUGGUACAUAAUUACGAAAUUUAUAAAUUGACGGUGUCAAAAUAAUUAAAAUAUGUUUAUAAUAAGUU